GGGAGGGGACGGUAUUUGAGAAGUAGCCCACGGCUAUUGUGGGAUAGUAUCGGUCUGGCACGAGGAGCUAUGAUCCAUCUAAAUUCCGAGCAUGGCAUUGGAAAGAUAAUAGCCUGUGAGAGCAAAUGCGGUGGAGGAGAAACGGUGAGACCGGCCGGAGGAAGCUGGAUGUCCGUGACCGUUUUUACCUCUGUCGAGACGUACGCUAACCACAACAUCAUGAAAUUCAAUCUCAAGUCUAAUUAUAGAGAAGAAAGCCGGAGCUUUGCUGGUUUCUCGAUCACAGAAGAACUGGCGUGGACGAAUGUACAGAAGGCUUCGAUCCAUCAAGAGGAAACUCUUGUCACUGCACAUUGCUGUUCACUGUCAAGCUGGGGGAUUCCGUGGCGUGGCUUGCUAGGUGACUUUUUGGUCGGACGUCGUGGACAGCUCGUCACUCUCAGUACGCCUGUGGACCAACUUCUUCAACGCACAUGAACAUCUAUAGGUUUACAUAUCAUCCAUAUCCCCAUGCUGUCAAUACAGAUGUGAUGUGAAGAUUUACUACC